AUGGAUGAUGAUGAUGAGGCAUACUCGUCUCUGGAUUACAAAACUCCUGUUGGUUCAAAGGUUCAUUGUGUAGAUGAUUUGGCUGACUCAACAUCGAGGAGUGAAACUUCAUUUGAAGCAAAGAACGAUAAUCUGCAGAACGAUAACAAAUGUGAAAUUCAAUCUAUACGUAGCUCAGGACCAAAUAGAGGAAAUGCCGAGGUUGGAACUUCGGGAAGGGUACAGAACGAGGCAUUGCCUUCCUGUUUUCCCGCAUUCCACGCAAGUGAACAAGGUCCAUGGUCUGCAAUGAUUUGCUAUGAAGCCUGUGUACGGUUAUGUAUCCGUUCAUGGGAAACAGAUUGUGUCAGUCAGGCUUCAUACUUUCUCAACAACGAUUGUGUUUUAAUGCGAAAUGCAUUUGGUUUGCAGAACUUCUUCCUUCAGUCUGAAGAAGAACUACUGGCUAAUAGACCUUGUAUCUUGGUUACCGAGACAACUGCUCCAAAAUUCAAGAGAAGUGUUGGAAAAAUUGAACUCGAAGUAUGUAGUUUUACAGUUGGUAGGAUCAAAAUGGGAUCAGAUCCACUACCUGGUUGCAAUAUUUCAUCACUGAAGCCUGAAAUUGUUAAUCGGCAAAUCGCGGAGCUGAAUGCUACUUUGUUUUCUGGAUGGAAAGCAGUAAAGAGAAUUCAUGUUGCUCCUCAAGUUCCUUUGAAUGGUUCACUUUCGCGGAAAAGUUUGGCGUAUUUGCGCGCAUGUGCUCGCUACCUUAAACAGGUCUCCAAAGUCCUGAAAAAAGAAAUUGUUACAUCUCACACUGGACCACGUUCUGUAAAAGCAUUACAAGAAAAGUUUUCAUGUUCAUUGAGGCUAAAGAGCUCUGCCGAGGAGGAUCAUAUCAAAACACAACCUGAAUCUGGCGAAACAUUUGUAUUCUUACCGGAUAAUAUUGGUGAUGAUCUGAUCGUCGAAGUUCGGGAUUCAAAGGGGCAGUUUUGUGGUCGUGUCUUAGCUCAACUAGCGGCUAUAGUUGAUGAACCGAACCAGAAGCUUAAAUGGUGGGCAAUAUAUCAUGAACCAGAGCAUGAACGUAUUGGGAGAAUACAACUUCAUAUAAACUACUCAAGCAGCUUAGAUGAAAAAACUAAGUGUGGAUUGGUUGCAGAAACUUCAGCAUAUGAUUUGGUCUUGGAAGUGGCUAUGAAAGCCGAGCGAUUUCAGCGCCGGAAAUUGUUGAUUAAAGGGCCAUGGCACUGGAUGGUAACACAAUUUGCAUCUUAUUACGGGAUUUCGGAUGGAUAUACAAAAUUAAGAUAUCUUUCAUAUGUCAUGGAUGUCGCCUCACCUACCGAGGACUGCCUUGAUCUGAUAUAUGAUUUUCUCUACCCUGUUAUAGUGAAAGAAAAAUAUAAGGCUAUAUUGAGUCAUCAAGAGAAUCGCUUGCUUCGGGAAAUUGAUGAACAAGUUCAGCAGAUUCUUGCUUCGACGUUCGAGAAUUAUAAAUCUCUUGAUGAAUAUUGUUUUUCUGGAAUCAAAGAUGUUUUCGAGCCUCCUACCGGCACUCUGGCACCCGCUAUAGCACCAGCUAUCAAGCUUUAUGGUCUUCUUAAUGACGUGUUAAGCCCCGAGGCACAACUAAGACUUUGCAAAUACUUUCAGGCUGCUUCAAGAAAAAGGUCAAUAAGAUACUUACUGGAAACAAACGACGUACGUCACAAUCAUAUAGAGGGUGCACAAGUCACUCCUGACCAGGAGAUGAAGUUCUUAAUUUUGAGUUUUAAGAACGAAAUCUCAACUGAUAUAGCCAUUCAUAACUGCAAUGUGCUCCCAAGCUUUAUAGACCUUCCAAAUCUUUCGGCAGCAAUAUAUAGUAUGGAUCUAUUCAACAGACUAAAGGAAUAUCUUAUCGCUUGGCCUCCUCUUUCUCCAUCGCCUCCAGUUGUCGACCUUAUCAUUACGACUGCUGACUUUGAAGCCGAUCUCUCUCGUUGGAAUUCAAAUCCGAUCAAACGUGGUGUAAAUGCCAAAGAGCUUUUCCAUUCAUAUAUUACUACUUGGAUCGAAGAGAAAAGAAAUUCUCUAUAUGAAUUCUGCAAGACUGAGAUGGCAAAAGCAUGUAGUGAGAUUCAAGGCCUGACCUCUCCUUUUGUCGAUGAUAUGUAUGAGUUACUCAACGCAACACUUGAUGAUUUUGAUAUCAUCAUCAAGCGUUGGCCAGAAUAUGCAGCAUCCUUGGAGAAGGUUAUAGCGGAUGCGGAGAGGGCAUUAAUUGAAGCGUUGGAGAAGCAAUUUUCCGAAGUUCUAUCUCCGUUAAAGGAAAGCAAGAUAUUUCCCCUGAAAUACGUUCAAAGAUUGACCAAGACAGGCACAUCUAACCUCUAUUCUGUUCCAAAAGAGCUUGGAGUUCUUCUAAAUUCGAUGAAAAAAGUGCUUGACAAAUUACGGUCAAGUAUAGAGAACCGGUUCAAAGUGUGGAACUCUUAUUUCCCUGAUAAAGAAAGCAGAGUUUUGGGAGAGCGGCUGAGCGAAGUGACUGUGCUGUUAAGAUCCAAAUUCAGAAGUUACACGCAAGCGCUCGUGGAGAAACUUGCCGACAAUAUGAGAAUUCAAAGUCACAUGAGGAUUAAGAACAUCAUCCACGACCUAAGGGAAAAAACAGCAGAAUCAGAUGUUAGAAACAGAAUGCAGAGUUUGAAAGAUUUACUAGACAAGACUAUCGAGCACCUGCAUUGUGUUUUGUUACUCGAAGUGUUUGUCUUAAUAUGUAGAGGAAUCUGGGACAGAAUGGGACAGGAUGUGCUUCGGCUUUUGGAAGACAGGAAUGAGAAUGUAACUUGGCACAAAGGCCCGAGAAUCGCAGUUUCUGUUUUAGAUGAGAUAUUUGUGACUCAAAUGCAAAGCUUGCUCGGGAAUUCGGUAAAGGAAGAGAAUUUGGAGGUACCGAGAUCGAUGAUGGAGAUUCGGUAUAUGCUCUGUAAAGAUUCAGCUGACUUUAAGACAGGCUAUUACUACUGA